AUGCCUAGUAAAGAACGAGCUGGUGGGAAAGAGCUGGAGACGAGAAUCCCGUUGAAAUGGAAAGUCCUUGGUCUACAUACAUUAGUAGUAGGUUACGCUCCUAUUAUUGAAAAGGAGUUAUCCUCCCCCCUUGGUCGAGUUGGCUUAAGCCCGAAUCCAUCCUUACGGAAGAAGGGUGGGAUAUCGGCUACGAGAGAUAGUCCUUGUUGUUCACCUCCGCCUCCCGACGCUGCUGACCCCUACCGGGACCUUUUUCCUUUAUUCGCUACAAGACUGGUCCCAAAUUCUAGUUCGUUGCACUCACCCUUCGUUUCUCUUAAUCAUUCAUGA